AUGUCAAGCAGUGGUAGUAGUGAGCAACCAAAUGGACCAAACAAACUCAACAAGAGGCCGCCAAGAAGAAACUUUAGAAGAAAGACGAACAAACCUAAGAAGAUAGAUGAUAAUGCACCUGAUCAAUCAUCAGAUGUGACGAAGAUUUCUUCUGAAACCAAUAAUAAAACAGUUCCUACUGUAGAGAAUAAAAGACCCUCUGAACGUCAAACGAAGAAGCCUUCUGAGAAGAAACCAAAAAAUAAAACCAAAAAUAGUAGAAACAAUAAAAGUAAAGCACGUAACAAGGUGAGACGGGAUGCAGAUCAAGGGUUCAAGUUGGUGCUUAGACAUUUACCUCCAAAUCUAACGGAAGAAGAAUUUAUGGACAACUUAAAACCUGUUAUCCAGGACAAGAAACUAUCAACAUUUGGAAUAAUAGACAACUAUUAUCGUCAUGGAUCUAUAGCAAACAAUUUAUUUGAAAAAUCAGUGUAUUCAAGAGCUUAUUUUACAUUUAAUUUAAUGGAACAAUUGAAGGAGUUUGGUAAUAAUGUCAGAACUCUGACAUUUAUUGAUGAUAAAGACAACGUGUCAAAUCCAGUUUUGAAGGUAUCACCAUACGUGAAGAAAUUAGGCAACUCUAACGUAAGUAAUAGAAAGCAUAGUAAAAAGUUGGAGGGUACAAUUGAAAAUGAUCCGAUAUUUAAACAGUUCUUAAAAACAAUUAAACUUAUGGGAGAUAAAGAUGAUUCCUCGUAUGCUUUUAAUAAUAUUAGUAUCUUCAAAUCAUUAGAGAAAGAACUAGCCAAGGAGAAGAAAAUAGAUGCCCUUAUAGAGAAAAAGACUGAGUUGGCUAUGAUCAAAUUAUCAGGUGUUGAUGUCAAUAAGAUGAAUGAAAAGAAGAAAAAGAAGAAAGAGAAGAAGAAAAAGAAGAAGAAGGAAAAGAAGGCCAAUGAAGUAGAGGAUUCAGGAUCAGUAUCCAAAAAGAAGAAGAAAGAAAAAACAUCUAAGAAAAAAAGUAAACAAAAGAAAGAUAAAACUUUAAAGAAAGAAGAUAAAAAUAAAAAUAUAGUCAUUUUGGAAGAGGCAGGAAAGAGAGAAUUGAAGAAUAGAAUGAAGAUAUUGCAAGAAAAGGAGAAAAAAACCCUUGCAAUGGAAAAACGUCUCGAAAUGGUUAAUAAAGCUAGAGAACAGCAAAUGUUGUUAAGAAAGGCUAAAGAAGAAGAAGCCAAACGUUCAGAUAACGUAGAACAUACCCCGAGGACUCAACCUGUCAAAUUACUGAAACAUAGGGAUAAAUAA